AGAUAGUUUUGACAGUGGCUUGCAGAGAAAAAUAUACCACCGCUCGGUUGAUAUCGCAAUACUGCGCGUAUCUACAUAAACUUUGACCAAGUGAUCGUUUCUCUCCCAAUUCCUGUUCUACCUGGAAUUACGAUGGGCCACGGUCACGGACACGGACCCCCGUACAAGGUGCCGGAUGCAUCUAUCUACAAAGUGGCCGAUGCGCCCGAACUGGUGGAAGUUGAACGCGCUCUCGCACGUCGUGGUCUGAAGGAUCCAUGGCUACGGAAUGAAGUGUGGCGCUACAAUGUGAAGCAAUUUUCGACCCACCGUUCGCGUCUGGUUACGUUCCUGUUCAAGGGAUUCCCGCUCGGAUUUGCUGCCUUCGUUGCUACGAUCGGUAUUGAGUACGCGCUCGGUGUAGAUUAUCACGGUGGUCACGGACAUGGCAAUGGACACGGGGAUGAGAAGGGUCACGGAAGCGGUCAUCAUUAAUCCGUUGAUCAGAUGGUCAAUUGCGGGUGAUGUUCUUGGUUGCUAUCGCGCAUUAGAUUUUAUUUCCCAAAAUUCUGCAUCAAGAAUAAACGAAUUUGUUUUGUAGCAGAAACAAACAAAA